UCUUGAUUAAAUAGAGAGGAAGUAAGAAGAACGACGAAAGAGAGAGAGAUAUGCAAUGAAGAGAAAGAUAUAUGAGAUGGAGAAGAAGAAGACAGAGCUUCAAACCGCCAUAGAAGAGCUCUCUCAUGUCAUCAUAACUAAACCUGUAGAUAUCACUGAAACAACACAUAUACCCUUGAGGCCUCUUGUCUCCUUCUGCAACUUAAUCAUUCAAGUUCUUGAUAAGAUAGGACCGACAAUGGCUGUUCUUAGACAAGACAUCGAUCAAAAUAUUCAGAGAUUAGAGAAGCUUUAUGAAACAGAUCCUUGUGUUUACUCCAACUUGGUUGAGAUUCUGAAGAAAGAAAGGAACGAGGGGACAUACAAGAUGGUUGCUAGUUGCAGUAGAGCCCUUCUUUGGCUCACUAGAACAAUGGAUUUUACUGCGGGUUUAUUACGACUUUUGUCCAAAGAGAUGUCCUCCAAAAUGGAAGAACUUGUAGAAGAAUGCUACAUGGAGACUUUAAAACCGCAUCAUGGAUGGAUCGCGUCUGCUGCUUUCAAAGUGUGCUUGAAGAUAGUGCCUGACAAUAAAACUUUUAUGGACGCGAUUGGUGCAAGAGACCAGAGCUAUGAGACUCUUAGAGAAGACAUUGAUACAUUAAGCUCAUUGUUGACACCUAUUCUCAACGAAAUUUCCAUUGUUCUGGAACUAUACGGGUUGAACAGAUUAAAAUCGAUGUAAAAGAUGGAUUCAGAAGUGAUCUAAUAAUUAAUGUUUUAGUUCAAGUUUUUUAUUUUAAGAAAAAGGUCUUUAUCUUUGUAUGUAUAUAUCAGUGGUAUACAGUUUUUUUAUUUAA